AUGUGCGAGAAAGAUACGAUCGAUAUCAAUACGGUUAUAGAGUCCUUCGCCAUUAAAAUUCUUACCACUAUUGCCGAAGUAAACAACAUGUACGUCAUCGAGUUAAUCGCUUCUAUGUGUAGUAGAAAGAUGUUUACAUCUACAAACAGAUGUUUAGUUUCCUCCAAGCAGAUUAAAAUCGAACGGGCAGUCGCCGACUGGGUCACUAUACUUGUGGUUCGUGCUCUCGGUAAAAGUGCUGGUUCAGUAAAAGAAAACAUCAUUGGUCAAAACCUAAAUAGAGCGAAUAACAGAUUGUCGAUUCUUGACAUAAGAGCGGAUUUGAAAAUAGUGAACAGCUGCUUUGCUUACCCGAGUGCAAGGUUAAAUAAUGAGAUUGCAUAUUCUAAUACUACAAUAAAACGUUUAUACCAUAGAACAACAGAAGUAAGUAGCAGUACUUCUAAGAUGGCAAAGUUGAUAGACGGCAAGCAGAUAGCUAGCGAAAUACGUGAAGAGCUGCGAAGAAAAAUCGAAACAUGGAUGGCACAGGGAAACCGUGCUCCGCAGCUGACUGCAAUACUGAUUGGUGACGAUCCUGCUAGUGCUACGUAUGUUAGCAAUAAAAUGAAGGCCGCUGCGGAUGUUGGUAUUGAAAGCAAAACGGAACGGUACAAUACAGACAUUACAGAGCCAGAACUACUUGACCGUAUCCAUCAAUUGAACAACGAUGAUGCCGUGGAUGGAAUAUUAAUACAACUGCCGGUUCCAGGCCACAUCGACGAGAGGAAAAUAUGUAAUUCAGUAUCAUGCGACAAAGAUGUAGACGGUUUCAAUGAACGUAACAUCGGACGGCUUUGUUUGGAUAUGAAUACUUUAAUUCCGUGCACUCCAUUAGGUGUACAAGAGCUCAUCAAAAGAGCUGGAAUUGAAACGUUCGGAAAAAACGCUGUAGUUGUAGGCAGAUCCAAAAAUGUGGGUAUGCCUAUUGCUAUGCUAUUGCACGCAGAUGGACGAAACGACACUUGUGCCAUGGAUGCUACAGUAACGAUAUGUCACCGGUUUACUCCUCCGGAAGAAUUAGCACGAUUUUGCCGCAUGGCUGACAUAAUAGUCACGGCAACCGGUGUGCCGCGGCUUAUAACGGCAGACAUGGUCAAGGAAGGUGUUGCUAUAAUAGAUGUCGGUAUCACUCGAGUAACGGAUCCUUUGAGUGGCAAAACUAAAUUAGUAGGAGAUGUUGAUUUCGAAGAAGUGCGCAAAAUUGCUGGUCAUAUUACCCCAGUUCCAGGAGGCGUCGGCCCGAUGACCGUUGCGAUGUUGAUGAAGAAUACAUUUAUUGCUGCUAAGAAUCUAGCCAAAAAAAGGCAUACAUCUUAA